ACGCGGAAGAGGGUGGGGGGUGGGGAAUUCCAAGAACCAGGAGCCCCUGGCAUGAUUCCUCCGAUCACUGUUCCUGGCAAUGAGAUCCCUGUUGAGGAGGGGAAAUAGAUGACCUACUUGGAGUUGCCGUUUCCAUCAGGGUAUCCAUCACUAACACUAUACUGUGCUGAAGAUGUCUAACAGCAACACCACACAGGAGACACUGGAGAUAAUGAAAGAAUCGGAAAAGAGAUUGGUUGAGGAAUCUUUGAACAAAACCAAAUUUGUAUCCAGGUCACCAAGCAAAGAGGAGCCUGAGAAGGACGGGGAAGAGAGUGGUGUACGGCAAGAAUCUCAGAUUCCAGCCAGGAAUACACAGACUCCACUGGGAUAGAUUUGCAUGAAUUUUUAGUAACUACACUGAAGAAAAAUCCAAGGGAUAGGAUGAUGCUGCUAAAAUUAGAACAGGAGAUCCUGGAAUUUAUUAAUGAUAACAACAAUCAGUUCAAGAAGUUUCCUCAGAUGACCUCAUACCACAGAAUGCUUCUACACCGGGUGGCUGCCUAUUUUGGCAUGGACCACAACGUAGACCAAACGGGGAAAGCUGUCAUUAUCAACAAGACCGGCAACACAAGAAUCCCUGAGCAGAGGUUCUCUGAACACAUCAAAGAUGAGAAGAACACUGAUUUUCCACAGAGGUUUAUCCUCAAGCGAGAUGAUGCCAGCAGUGAUCGAGAUGAUAAUCAGAUUAGGAUCCCACUGCAAGAUGGACGAAGGAGCAAAUCCAUAGAAGAACGAGAGGAGGAAUAUCAGAGGGUUAGGGAACGCAUAUUUGCACGGGAGGGGUAACCGAGAUGGCCUCAGCCGGGCUUCAGGCAGCCGCCAGAGCAGCACGGAGAGUGAUAUGAAGUCCCUGGAGCCCCGGCCGUGGAGUAGCACCGACUCCGAUGGCUCGACACGCAACCUGCGGCCUCCGGUCACCAAAGCCAGCAGUUUCAGUGGCAUUUCCAUCUUGACCCGAGGAGACAGCAUUGGCGGCAUUGGCAAAGGGAACGGUGCCAACAGGACUGCCAGGCCAGGUCUCUCUCUAAGUACUCCUGAAGCCUGCAGUCAAGUCUCCUCUGCGCAGCCUGGCCGAAGCCUCUUGCCGUGUGGCGCUCAGCAACUGCAGCAGCAGCCACUUCCACCCACACCGCAGCAACAGCCAGCAAUGACUAAUCACAUCAUAUCACAGCCGGUCCCAGCAUUGCAGUCCUCUCCGCAGCCAGUUCAGUACUCUCCAAGCUCCUGUCCCCAAGUCCUCCUGCCAGUCUCUCCACCCCAGCAGUACAAUAUGGCUGAUGAGCUCAGCAGCCCCUUUGGACAGAUCAGCCUCAGCCGCCAAGGAUCCACUGAAGCCCCUGAUCCGUCCUCUGCCAUGUUCCAGCAGCCAAUCAUGUCCCAACAUCCUCAGCAGACAGGAUUCAUCAUGGCUUCCCCAGGACAGCCAAUCACUGCCUCCAACUACUCUGCCUCAGGGCACACGGCGCCAGCCCAGCAGGUUCUCCAACCCCAGAGCUAUAUGCAGCCUCCGCAGCAGAUUCAGGUUUCUUACUAUCCUCCUGGACAAUAUCCAAACUCCAGCCAGCAGUACCGGCCUCUCUCGCACCCGGUGGCUUACAGCCCCCAGCGCAGCCAACAGCUGCCUCAACAGUCCCAACAGCCUGGGUUACAGCCAAUCCUGUCCAAUCAGCAGCAGACAUACCAAGGCAUGAUGGGAGUGCAGCAACCCCAGGGCCAGAGUCUCCUCAGCAACCAGCGCAGUGGCAUGGGUAGCCAGAUGCAGAGCAUGAUGGGAGUGCAGCAGCCCCAAAACCAGAGCCUCCUGAACAGCCAACGAGGAAACCUGGGCAGUCAGAUGCAAGGCCUGAUGGUCCAGUACACUCCAUUGCCUUCAUAUCAAGUUCCAGUGGCGAAUGACUCUCAAGGUGUAGUCCAACAACCCUUUCAGCAGCCCGUGUUGGUACCAGCAAACCAGUCUGUGCAAGGAGGGCUCCAGGCCGGAGGGAUGCCAGUCUAUUACAGUGUUAUCCCCCCAGCGCAGCAGAAUGGCACCAGCCCUUCUGUUGGCUUCUUGCAGCCUCCAGGUACAGAGCAGUACCAGAUGCCCCAGUCCCCUUCUCCUUGCAGCCCACCCCAGAUGCAGCAACAGUAUUCAGGGGUGUCUCCGGCAGGGCCUGGCGUUGUGGUCAUGCAGCUCAAUGUGCCCAAUGGCCCCCAGCCUCCUCAGAAUUCAUCCAUGGUGCAGUGGAACCACUGCAAGUACUACAGUUUAGACCAGCGAAGUCAGAAGCCUGGUGACAUCUAUAACCCAGAGACCAGCGCUCAGGCCAGCAGCACCCAGCUGAAUAGCCCUAUUACAUCGCCUACACAGUCCCCUACACCAUCACCCGUUACCAGCCUCAACAGUGUCUGCACAGGUCUCAGUCCCCUUCCGGUGCUCACACAGUUUCCCCGGCCUGUGGGCCCAGCACAAG